GCGGUGGGGUUUGCAGCCCGCUUGCUUCUGCUUGACUGAAGGUCCACCUUAAAUGUCCCUGUACGAGUAUGGAAUCUGGCUGUGCCCCGGUGUAGUCUUACACCAGCCCGCCCUGGUGUGCUCCUGCCUGGCUUCAACCAUACAAAAAUAGACCGGAUCCACUACCUAAGAUGUCAUUGUAACGAUACUUAUCUGAGGUGAAACUGAAGCCCUUAUCUUUGACGCUGAACGGCAAUCAAGUGCCUCGGUUGCCUUUUAAAGGCAUCGGUUCUUUGGAUUUGAUCCUUGAAUACUAAACAAGAUGAGCAACUACAGCGUGUCUUUGGUGGGCCCGGCUCCUUGGGGUUUCAGACUUCAAGGGGGCAAGGAUUUCAACAUGCCUCUGUCUAUCUCUCGGCUUAACGACGGUGGCAAGGCAGCCCGAGCACACGUGGGGAUAGGUGACGUGGUUCUCACCAUUGAUGGGAUAAGUACGGAUGGGAUGACUCAUCUAGAAGCACAAAACAAGAUCAAAGCAUGUACAGGCAAUUUGAACAUGACUCUGCAAAGAGUGGCUUCUGUAAAAAAACCUGAUCUUGUUCAUGUACCAAAGGGAGAACCUACAGAAGUAGUUAAGCCUGUGCCCAUUGCCUCUGCUGUCGCACCCAAAGUCACUGCCACGGCGAGCGUGGCUUACAAUAAGACACCGAGGCCGUUUGGAGCCGUCACCUCUUCCAAAGUCACCUCCAUCCCAUCACCAUCCUCAGCCUUCACCCCAGCCCAGGUGGCGGCUCCGUCCCCGCCGGCGGCUGCCGCCCCAGCCCCGUUUGCUGCGCCCGGACUGCAUGUUAACGCCAAGCCUAACACUGAGCAGCGGUCGCCCGCGCCGAGCGCUGCUAAACCUGCAGUUAAUGUUCCACGGCAGCCCGCCGCGCACAAUGCCGCCCCGAGCGCCUCUGCCGGCGACGGCGCCCAGGAUGUAGCCGAGGGGCCGCGACGAGGAUUCAGAGAAAACCAGGGGGAGAGUAAACAGCAAAAUGGGAAAAACCCACCCAAACGCCCCCCGCGGAAGCACAUUGUGGAUACCUAUACGGAGUUUUACCACACACCCACCCACAGCGAUGCCAGCAAGAAGCGACUGAUCGAAGACACUGAAGACUGGCAUCCCCGGACAGGCACCACCCAGUCCCGCUCUUUCCGCAUCCUUGCCCAAAUCACUGGCACUGAUCAUAUGAAAGAACCAGAACAUGAAGCUGCAAAGAAGACUAAGAAAAGCCAAACAGAAAAUGGAGACUUCAGUGAAAACGGUGCUAGACCAGAACGUGCAGCCGCUGUUUUGCCAAUAGCGGAGUCCUCCCCUGGCAGUGUCCCCUCUCCCAGGCUCUCUGAACACACUGCCACAGCAACUCCUGGGAGAGAACUUUCGUUUGAGAACCUGUCGGAAGCCUUAUCCAAGUGUGCACCUCACCCUCCUGCAAUUGUUCAGGUUUUAAAUACCAGCAGCCAAGUAGCCACAGCAUCUAAAGAGUCAUCUACUUACACUAGGAAAAUAACUGUGGAGUUGCCUGCUCCAGAUGCAGCAAGCUUUUUGACAGCUGAUAAAGCACCUCCACUCCCCACGAAAUGCGCUGUGGCCACGCAGACCUCUGAGCUCCCCUUGCCCACCGCUCCAGCCGUGCAGCCGCCUUCUGCAGCCCCACCAGUGGAAACGGCCCCCGGGCUGCCUCCCGCUCGGGCCAGGCAUGAAGCAUCUCUGCCUACUUGUGAAACAAAUUCUUUCAGUAAAAUCUCAAGCUGUCAGUCUAAGUCAUCUGUAAGUCAUACAAGCUUCCGUGCUAGGAAAGUGCUGCUGGAAAAUCCUUUGGGAAGUCUGCCCAAGGUUGGACCCACUCCUCUUCCCGUUCUUUCUCCUUUCAAGCAGAGAUCAAAAAUCAAGAGCAUGGCUGCUGCUGCCGUGUCUGCUGCCAUUGCUGUCCGGGCCAGACUCUCCGAACCUAGUGUCUACCGCUCUCUCUUGGAUGCCCUGCUCAUCACGCCUGUCACUAAGCCUCCUCUGCCGGCCAUCAGGCCCUCCAGGAAGUCCACAAGUGCUCUGGAGUUGCAAAAGAGCAAGAGUGAUUCCCUGGAGGCUACCCAGCCCGCUGCUUUUACGGCCGCCUCAGUGAGGAGCAUGCCCGCCCGCCAAGAAAACGCCGACGCGAGACCUGCUCCCGCCAGCACCACAUCUGCUGCAGCCCUCAAGCCAACGGGAGCCCCGGGUGCUGCCAAGUACUCGGGCUGGCAGCCUCCAAACCAAGCAGCUCCUGCCAGUGGAUGGACAUCAAACAAUAUUAAACCACCUGUAACAACUGCCCCGAGUGAAAAAUUUGUGACAGCACCUCAGCUAAAUGAGCAAGACACGUUGGUUCAGAGGGCAGAGCAUAUUCCAGCGGGAAAGCGUACUCCCAUGUGUGCACACUGUAAUCAGGUCAUAAGAGGACCCUUCCUGGUGGCUUUGGGAAAGUCGUGGCAUCCAGAGGAGUUUAACUGUGCUCAUUGCAAAACCUCCAUGGCUUACAUUGGAUUUGUGGAAGAGAAAGGAGCGCUGUAUUGCGAGGUCUGCUAUGAGAAGUUCUUUGCCCCUGAGUGUUCAAAGUGCCAGAGGAAGAUCCUUGGAGAAGUAAUAAAUGCUUUGAAACAAACUUGGCACGUUUCCUGCUUCGUGUGUGUGGCCUGUCAUAACCCCAUCCGCAAUAAUGUCUUCCACUUAGAAGACGGCGAUCCCUACUGUGAGACGGAUUACUAUGCUCUCUUCGGUACUAUGUGCCAUGGCUGUGAAUUCCCCAUUGAAGCUGGAGACAGGUUUCUUGAAGCCCUGGGCCACACUUGGCAUGACACUUGCUUUGUAUGCUCAGUAUGUAGUGACAGUUUGGAGGGUCAGACUUUCUUCUCCAAGAAGGACAAGCCACUGUGCAAGAAACAUGCACACUCUAUUAACAUCUGAUGCUGGAGUUCAUCUUGUGUAACAGAUAUACUGAGCAGAAAGAAAGGUUAUAAUGUCCAUGUUCAACAAUUGGUUAAAAUUAUUUAUGUGUGUUUUUUCUAAAAAUGGAAGAGAAAUGUGGAAACAUGGGGGGUUGGGGGGAGUUGUACGCUAAUUUUUAGAGCUUUUAUUGGUUAGGGUUUUGCUUCACAAAAAGAUAGGAAUUGGGAAUUACACCCAAGUCAAACGAUUACAGUGCCUUUACUUCUGUCCUUGGCACAUUACUGUAUUGGUUUCAUGAUUUCAUGGCCACAUUUAUACAUGCUUCCGUGUGAGAAGUGAAACCUCUGUGAAAAUAAAUACCUGAUGUUAGAAGUCUUGGGUUUGCUGCUAUUCAACAAAUAAAAGGAGAUUGGCUUCAGCGAUCCAGAUCGCGUUAUUGCGCUCAUGUUUUUUAAAGCAUGUCUAGAAGUAUUGCAGCUAAACUCCAUUAAAGAGGAACACAAAGCAAAGAUAAGGUUAUAUGGAAUAUAUAGUUCAACAGCUGAUGAUUUCAUCUGAUACUCAUAUGCAGGAAGCCUCCUGCACAAUUACACGUCCCUGUGCCUUUGGCAGUUAAAUCUCUGGUGGGUCUGCAAAGGACAGAGACUUUAACAAAGCAGUGGAGUGGUGGCUAUGCUGGUGAACAAGAACAGUUUAGAAGCUGCUGCUUAGAAGAAGACAUAAAUGGGAUACUCUUCCUUAACUCAUGUGCUGCCGAACACCAGCCAAACAAACCUGCUCGUGAGGGUGUGUUUGGCAGGAUGGAAAUGUCGGAUCAGAUCUUAACAAUAAGGCAGAAAGUGGGGGGGGACACUUAUAGUCUUGUGUUUGCAGUUCAGGUUUUUAGAUAGUUUUAAGUGCCUUGGAAAGGGGAAGUUGCACUGAAUCUGCAGGUGACAGUGUUUUAUAUCCAGAAUGUGAGACUCUGGUGUUGCAGGAGGGAAACUGCUGAAGUGCAACCGAGGACAUUGUUUUUCUCUCCCUACAUUCUUUACCAUGUAGCUCAUGAAUAUGUAUAUUGGUGGUGUGCCAGGUAGUGUACCAAAAACUUACUUUCUUGCUCAGCUGUUAGGAUUUUUAUUGGUUUAGGUUUUAUUUGUCUCUUCCCUCAGCUGUAAGGAAUAUAUUGUUAAAUAAUAUAAUAUUGAGUUAGGCAGCUCAGUAUCUCUCAGUUCUUGCAAGGGAGCAGAGAGACAAUGCUGUCAUUAUGCGUUUACUGCGAGCCAGGAGGCAUAGCCAGUUCUGUGGCUUGUUAUGAGUUUUGCCUUCAUACAGAGACUCAGCACAAGACCUGUGCACCAGCUAAGUCCCACUUAACUUCAACUUAGGGCUUAAGUGGUACGGAGCAAUUGUAGGCAGAUAGGGAAGAGGUGGUGACCCCCUGCACGGGGUGAAUUUUGCUCUGGCAGAGUUGCACAACAGAGAAGGGGGCCCUUUCCUGAAGGAAACGGAAUUUACAUGCUGUUUAAUUCAACUGGGAUGUCAGAGCUGAAUUGUUAGUCUUUAAGCUCUUUCCAGUAGGCGUUAAAAGUAACCAUGUACUGGUUUUUGAGGGGGUUUGUUUUGGUUUGGGGAUUUUUUUGGUGGUUUGUUUUGUUUUGUUUUUACUGAUACAAAGGACAGGUUUAUCCAUAAAACCAUGGGGAAAAUCACAAAAAAUUGCCAUGGUUGAGUAAAGCAAUUGUAACCAGGAACAUCAACAAAAGAGGAGGAAACAAAACCAAAAUUGCUGUACUGAAAUGUGAAAAGCUAUUUGGUUUUCUUAUUAAUUCAGUGAGACAGGUUGACAUUGUGGGGCUGUUUCACUUUAUAUCCUGAAAUUGUUUUUCUUCAAUACUACCACAUUUCUUUUUUAACUUCUGGUGGUACAGAAGAAAUGGCAUAAAGCUGUUUAAAAUGUUUACACACUUGUAGAUGUGCCCUUUUGUGAGUUUGGCUGAAAUUCAGAAGGGUAGAAGCAGACUGAUUAAGAUACAGCGAGAUAUGAGCCAGGUUGCUUUUGAAAUUAGGUGGAAAGUGGAGAAAUGAGACCUAGAGACUAGGUUUCAGUGGAGCUAUAUUGCACACGCGUGAGGAAAGAGGAUGGGAAAGCACGGGAUAAGGCAUUUGGUAAUUUCUGCAAUUCAAACCUUGCUGUUUUAAAGUAGGAUAGAAAGUUUUCAGUUUGUCAGUGUCCUUAAAAUCAAAUUGAUUUUGUUUAGUUUUGUAAUUUUAAUUGGAAUUGUAUUUCUUAAUCCUUACGCUCUAGGGUUUGAAAUUUUGCAGUCAUUGAUGAAUUUGAGGAUAAAAGCCUGGAAGGCUCCAAUAGUACUGCUUCAUUUAGCUGCUUUGCCCUUUAAUUUCUGCUUUUAUCUAUUUGUUUAAAAUUUAAAAGGAAGCAUAGAGUCACUGAUACAUGAAUAAUAUUUAAUGGCUCUACCAAAUUAUAUAAAUCAACUAAAAGAACAUAAUUUUUAUCAUUAUUUCUGUAAGUGAGAUUUUAGUAGAGCACUUUAUAAUAAUGCCAUAUAUCUCACUGAAUAUUUAUUACCUUUUCUUGUUUAGGUCUAUUUCAUACUGGUAUAUUUGUAUUUUGUUUUAUUUGUAAGCCUGCAUAUUUACCUCUAGAUUCUUUUGAUGUGUGAGUGUGUGUAUGUGUAUGUAUAUAUACUGCUCUACACACGCAUAUGUAUGCGUGUACAUUGAGAGACAUAUGUAUAUAUACACAUAUACAAAUGUAUAUUUGACCACAGACUUGACAUAGCAAAAAUCAGCACCGUUCCAUCGUCAUUUGGGGAUUUCAUGAGAUUCCCAACUAUUUUUCAUACAACACAUGUAUAGCAUUCAUGUUUUGAGGGAAUGUUAGAAAGUCAGGAGAGACAUGUUAGUAGCCUAACUACUGUAGUUUUUUGCAUGCAUUUUCAGUCAGUAAUUAUUUUUCUUCCAAAACUGUGCCUGUAAGAGAAUCGGGUUUCACUCUGUUUGAAGGUAGAAGGUAUUCAUAAGUGAAUAAUUUUAUGAAUGAUGACAACAGUUUCAAUAUAUUGUAACUAAACAAUUCAGAAUUAUGUGUAAAUAUAAAUGCUUAAUAUAACAAUGCAAUAAACUUAAAGCAAAAGCU